UUGUCAGUGCGCAAGUAUAGGCGUAGCGUGUAUGUAGUGGCAGAAGAGGAACACUUGCUGAAGAGAUUGACCCCCAGCUUCGCUGGUGUUGUCCCGCACCUCGCAGGACUUUAGGAUAAUUUAUCACCAUUGAUUAACUACACAAAGAAUAUUUUAUAAUUUUUAAAUAGCCGGCUACUUGAAAUAGACUGGCGAGGAACCGCGUCGCGCAUGCAGUUGUCGGCAGCACGGAAUGCAUGCAAAACUCUGCACAAGACGUGUGAAUGGCAAGAGAGAGAGAAAGAGAGAGAGAGAGAGAGAGAGAGAGAAAAGGGUCUUUAAAAAGACUGAGUUUAGCUGGAAAUUUACAGUCUACGUUGAAUGAAUAGAGACUGCAGCUCUGCAGCUUCUCAAGAUUAAUCACCAUGUGUUAUCCCCCCCUUCACCCCCGGCUCGCAGUCGCCGCGCACAAAAACACACAUGAUUCGACUAUCAUUCAACUAUAGGCAGGACUUGACGAUCUGAUUUGACUAUGUAAAUCCUUAGUCGGGGAUAGCCCUAGUAUACAGGUUAUGCAUUUGACAUUCAGAAAAUUUGCACAUGAUGUACAGUAAUGUUGCAGUUAUUUAACUAUGGCAUCUUUGGAUAUUCAUUUCAGCGGAAGAAGAAUGUGAAAAAAGGUUAUUUAACCUGGAAUACGUAGCAACUGAAUAAAAAUGUAGCCCUUUUAAGCCUCUAGUCCACCUACUAGAUAGGAUGUUAAAAGUUGCCGGUAUAAUGGCAGUGGAUUCACUUUUUCAGAUUUAAUCUCAAGAUGCUUUGUAAAGCUGUCUUAGUGAUAGUGGGUAAGUGCGUGUGUGAGUGUGUGUGUGUGUGUGUGUGUGUGGGUGUGUGUGUGUGUGUGUGUGUGACACAAUCCUUUGUACUGUCCAUCCUUUCAUCACAGAGUGUUUCCUUCACUCUUCACUGCUGUUUGUUAGUUCCUGGGGCCAUUUCCUAUUGAACGCCACACUGUUCAUUGACUGCUGACUUGUUUCAAACAUACUCGCUAUUCUUGCUGAAAGGACACCUUAAGUUUAACCUGUGAACAAGGUCAGAAUUUUGUCAACAUAAAUGACAAUCUUCGGUCCCUCUGACCAAGAAAGAGGUGUAACUGUCCAUACAAACUCUGUUGAUCCUUUCCUUGGCAUUUUGCUUUGCUCUGCAGGGGUCAGUGUCUGAACUUUGUCUCACUUCACUGGAAAAUUCUGAUGCACAACCUAUGACUCCUUUAAAUGUCACAACUUGCUUUGAAAUGCGUAAAAAUGCUAAAUCACUAUGUUUUGUCACUUUAAUAAAAAACUGUGAUUUUUCACAUGCAUGACUUGUAGGUCUAAUGAAGCAAUUUUAAAUAGGUAGAUGACAGUCCAGUAAGUAGAGCAAAAAAACUUGUGCUCAUGAGAAAACAAAAACUGCAGAUAAGGCAUAAUCUAAUUUUCAAGCUCUCUUCCCUUCUCUAUGUUUCUUUCACUUUGUCCCCCUUUCUCUUCACCUGUUCUUUGCCCAGCGAGGCAGUACUGCAGUGGGAAAGCGUUGAGGAACCUAUUCCCCUGUGCGAUCAGACCCUCGCCACGCUCAAAUAUGCUUAGCGCGUCCAACCAAAGCCCUUAUUUAGCGCUUUGCUUUUUGAAGAAGUGGAAACUUAUUUCACCCCUUACCUCCACAGAAAAAGACAAGGGAGUGCAAUAAUGUUGUCGCAUUACAUGCACCAGUCAGCUCCCAAUGGAGUGUAGACCUUUGAAUUGUUUACUUAAGUGGAAAUCAACUUUUGUAUUUGGCUUGGCUGGAAGCAGUGGUGCCGUUUUUGAGCAGCAUGAAGCCAAAUCUCGGACGUGCUGCUUCUGAGGCCACAUUUUGAUGGAAGCACAUUAGUACCAAGUGCAGGACUUUGAGACUGGAGACCAGGGUACACGUCCUGCAUGCUAAGGUUAGGUCCCGUUUGACAGUCCACAUGAGCGUCUCCAAACCUCCGCCGCCCCCGUCCACCUCUCACCUGGCCAUUCCCCCUUCCUCAACUUCCACCCCUUCCUCAUCCGCCUCCUCCCCCUUGGCGACGCCCCACUCCACCGCUCUGCCCCCUCCCUCGCCAGUCAAGAUCUCUAUGCAGGAGCACUUUGCCAUCAACGUGUGCCCAGGCCCUAUCCUCCCCAUCCCGCAGAUCUCAGACUUCUUCCCGCGGUUCCAUGACUACCCCUGCACGCCGCCGCCUCCGAGGGAGAAGAAGAUCCUACAAGAAGAGACUUUCAACGGGGAGACGGGUAUAGGAUACAAGGAUGGAGAGAGGAGGGAGAGCAACGAUGGAGACAGGGAGGAGGCGCUUGACUCUGAUGACGAUGACACCUACCUGGGAACGUUGGAGUUCAGUCUGCUCUUUGAUCAGGAGAACAACUGUCUUCAUUGUACUAUUCACAAGGCAAAGGGACUGAAAGCCAUGGACUCCAAUGGGCUGGCUGAUCCAUACGUCAAGCUUCAUCUUCUCCCCGGGGCUAGCAAGGCAAACAAGCUACGCACAAAAACCCUGAAGAAUACGCUGAACCCAGUGUGGAAUGAAACGUUGAUGUAUCAUGGCAUCACAGCAGCCGACAUGACCACCAAAACGCUCAGGCUGUGUGUAUGUGACAUGGACAGACUCGGACGAAAUGAAUUCAUUGGAGAGGUGAGAGUUGCCCUGAAGAAACUGAGAGAGGGCGAGAGCAAACGCUACAAUAUGGGCCUGGAGAGAAUUGCACAGAAUAAAGAAACUAACAAUCAAUUGGUGGAGCAGGGAGCGCUCGUGGGAGAGGAGGAGCGUGGCCGCAUCCUGGUGUCCCUGUGCUAUAACACAGAGAAGAGCUGCCUGCUGGUUGGGAUCAUACGCUGUGCCCAUCUGGCCGCCAUGGACUCCAACGGCUACUCUGACCCCUUCGUCAAAAUCAUCUUGCAGCCAGAUAUGGGGAAAAAGUCCAAGUACAAGACUUCAGUGAAGAAAAAGACUCUGAACCCUGAAUUCAAUGAGGAGUUUUCAUAUGAAGUAUCCCUGGACCAGCUGGCAAAGAAAACCCUGGAGAUCUCUGUGUGGGACUACGACUUGGGAAUGAGCAACGACUUCAUAGGCGGAGUGGAGCUGGGCAUCAAUGCAAGUGGACAGAGACUCAAACACUGGUUCGAGUGUCUCAAAAACAAAGGGAAGAAAGUGGAGCACUGGCAUACGCUCACACAGCAAGGAGCCCCGAGCGGUGACAAACCGGACUAGAUUACACAAGACAUCCAUGCAUACAAACACAUACGCACUAACACACACACACACACACACACACACACACACACACACACACACACACACACACACACACACAUUUGUCUCACUGAAAGAUGGUUGAUAACAGAUACCAAGUAAAGUAGUAAUAAGAGCAAAGGAUAAAACAUGCAAUAAUAAUAAUAAUAAUGUUGAAAAUGGAACCCAUCAUAUAACGCCAAUAAUUACCAAGUAUUAGUAUAUGAUAAUCAUACUAAUAUUAGUGAUGGUAAUAAUGUGUAAUCUGAAUACAUUUUUUAAAAUGUAUUUUUUUCUAAAGGUGAACCAAAUUGUGACGAUGUCCUCAUUAAAGUGUUGACGUAACAAAACAAUACUCACAAAACUGUGCUUUAGACCUUACUGUAUUGUGGAAGUCACUCAUAUUCCGUUAUUCAAAUUUACACCUAAUGAAGAGAUUUGAGACCAAUGUACUCAAAAUUAAUUCAGUGAAAGUGGCCAAAAGUAAAUGCGGUAAAUAGUUACAGGAGAGGGGACAUUACGAAAAGGGUGACUCUGUUUCUGGAAAGUCUCUGUUUUAGUGGUUGUUGAUCUGAUGCAAAACAACACACCGUAUUAUAAAGCACAAUACGAUCCAUUGGUGGAUUUGUACCUUUACGGUUUCAGUGUUCUUGUUCUUAUGUCUUUCAUUGUCUUUCAGUGACAGUGGCUUUCUAUACACCUUCAUAUCAUGACAUUAACAUGUGUGUGUGUGUGUGUGCAUGAGGGCUAUGAGAAUAUGAGUGCCUACAUUUUAUGUCUGUCUGUGUUCACGUCAUGCCCUAUUCAAAAUGUCUCCAUUCAACUUCCAAAACACAGAGGAGUGAAGAAAUAAUAACAAAGGACAAGAAAUAGGCAUACAAGAGAGAAAUCCUCCGCUGACCUCCACCAUAGACCUCAGUGGUAUGGGUGAUCCUGGCUGGAGGACACUGACAAGCUGUCAAUCGUGUGUGCCAGACCUUUGCCAUCUCUCUCUCUCUUUCCAUUUCUCUCCCUUUUGCCAGACUGUCAUAGAGCAACUUUAAGAAUGGAGUAUAUCUUGAUACAUAACCUCUGACUGCUCUUUUUGACUUUCCUGAUGGAAAAAGAUGUGUCCGUGACAGGCAGAGCGGAUAUUGCUUUUGGAGGUACCAUUUGUACCUUCACUCUGCUGCUGCGUUAUGAACCAGGAUCAGGUUUACCUCAGUGUCUCCAAUUCUGCUCCGACAGAGUCACAGAUGAUGCAAGAUUUUCUCCCUGCAGGGCAAUAUCACGGCAGUAAUAUAUUAAUUUGAAAAUUCAGGCAUUUCAUUGGUCCUGUAAUUUGAUUUAUGACAAUAGGGCUGCCCAAAGAUUGAACACCUCCCCUAAUCCACCUUUGUACACUGUCAGACACUGUCCUUGAGAGGAUCUGAAAGAAAAUAUGUAAAAGACAUUUAGCUGAAAUCAACCAUCAGAGGGAGUCAUUGAUGGGAUCAUUAUUCCAGUCAUCCCAUUACUUCUGACCUAUUAAAUAUUAGGCCUAUAGUGGAAUAUAUUUCAUCCUCUGGACAGGAGACAAGACCACUGGGACUGCUGCUUGACUGCUGAGGUAUAUUGUGUGCAGUUAGUAGAAAUGCAGACAUAGAGAGUGUACCCCCCCCCAACCUGCAUGGAAACAUAUUUUGCAGCAGGGGACAGUGUAUAAUCGCAGGCUAGGAUCCAAGAUAUUUAAAAACUACGCAAGAUUGCACACUUAACCUUAACCCCCAUGCAUGUUGUGUGUGUCUCUAUGCACAUCUUUGCAUAUUGAUGAUGUAUAUGGGCUAGACUAUCACUGAAUUGUCUAAAUGCCUGCCAGGAUAUCAAAUGUACUCCCCCGGUUCAUCUGCCACUACAGCUCUGGCCAUACACUGGUUCACAAAAGCACACCCACAGUCGGUCAGUGGCCUCCGGGACUUUUCUAACUGUUGAAUCGAUCCGGCUGCUCAUUUUCUUGCUGUCCUUCAACAACCUUCAUCAUUGACUGCAAAAAAAAAAAAAAAUGGAUGGACCUUCAGUGGUGAAUUAGGUUUCGAAUAAAAAAGGGCUUGGGCAUUAUGAAAAGCUUGUGUUGUAACAGUAAACUUAAACACUUUUCAGUUAGACCUUAAAUGAAUUUAACAAGAGGUUUGGGCAAGGAUGGUGGGUUUAUUCUGUACUUUUUCUAUGCACAUCAAAACAACACGUGAGCAGUAAGAUAAUCAAACCAAAACAAGAACAUGAUCGUGUUAUCCAGGCAUCAAAGAUGCAUUUCUGGGAAUACUCAGUACUCUGAUUGGGGCUAGGCUGGGUGACAGUGAUCUAAUAGAGUUCACAUUUCUGGCUGGAUGCUUGCUUAUCCCUGUGUCUGGAUCUGUUGGUUUUGUUUACAGCCACCGAAUUUUCUGACUCUUGUCUAUUGACCCCGCUUUGCUUAUGUAAUAAUUUUAUCUGCAAUACAGCUGCAUGUUUAGCAAUCACCAUCAGCUUGUGUAAUAGAGUGCAACCUUAGCUGAUCAUUCUGAAUGCUGAUGUGUUUACAAUCUAUGCCAUCCAUUCAGUCUCUUACCAUGAGUCUGUAUGUGUUUGUUUGUGAAUAUGAUGAUUCAGGGUAUUUUUUGCUCAGUCGCUGUGCUUUACCAAGCAAGCUAUUGAUAAAAAAAAAAAAAAAAA